CUGUCCACUAGCCGCCGUCAUUGCACUUGCAGUACUAAAACAGUAAACUGUUAUAUAUCUAAUAAACUCAGAACACACUAAGCUACACGACAAGUUUAAUUUAAAUUGUGAGAAGUGUGUUUGAAUAUCCAUCAAAAUGUCGUACAUGCUCCCUCAUCUUCACAAUGGCUGGCAAGUGGACCAGGCUAUUUUAUCAGAGGAAGACCGUGUAAUUGUUAUACGAUUUGGCCACGAUUGGGACCCUACGUGUAUGAAGAUGGAUGAAGUGUUGUACAGCAUCGCCGAAAAGGUGAAGAAUUUUGCAGUCAUUUAUCUUGUGGACAUCACAGAAGUGCCAGAUUUCAACAAGAUGUAUGAGUUAUAUGAUCCUUGCACAGUCAUGUUCUUUUUCAGGAACAAGCACAUCAUGAUUGAUCUUGGCACUGGUAACAACAACAAGAUAAACUGGACCAUGGAAGACAAGCAGGAGAUGAUAGACAUUGUUGAGACUGUUUACAGGGGGGCGAGAAAAGGACGAGGUCUCGUAGUGUCCCCUAAAGAUUACUCAACCAAAUACAGAUACUGAUCUCUGUGCUCUUAUUUAGUCUUUGCCAUUUUUUUUUUCUUUUCUUCUCAUCAACAUUGGACAAGAUCUGAGCAUUCAGCAAUAUGGUCAUUUGGACUAUUAAAUGACCUUGUUUUGGAUUUUCAACUUUAUAUUUAAAUGUGUUUACACCGUUGUAGUUGUGGCCACCAGUCUUUUAUAAUUUUGUCCUUCUAAAAAUGUCACUGUACAUUAAAUGGAUGAAUAAGUGUU